ACUCAUAUGCGUAGCACAUGCUAUGGAAGCAUCAAAAAAGGAGUGUGUGUCCGUCCUUUCCCUGGUGCUGUGACAAAGUCUGAAUGCUGUUGUGCCAAUCCUGCCUUUGGUUUUGGAGAGCCGUGUCACCCCUGCCCUGCUAAAAACUCAGCUGAAUUCCAUGGCCUGUGUAGCAGUGGAAUAGGUAUCACUGUGGAUGGACGAGAUAUUAAUGAGUGUGCAUUGGAUCCUGAUAUUUGCUCCAAUGGAAUUUGUGAAAACUUACGUGGCAGCUAUCGUUGUAACUGUAACAGUGGCUAUGAGCCUGAUCCUUCUGGAAGGAAUUGUGUGGACAUUGAUGAAUGUUCAGUGAAUGGGUUGCUGUGUGAUAAUGGGCUCUGUCGAAACAGCCCUGGAAGUUACAGCUGCACUUGUCCAAAGGGUUACGUGUUCAGCACUGAGACAGACACAUGUGAAGAUGUAAAUGAAUGUGAAAGCAGCCCGUGUGUCAAUGGUGCCUGCAGGAACAAUCUUGGAUCUUUCAAUUGUGAAUGUUCACCUGGCAGCAAGCUGGACUCUACAGGACUGAUAUGUAUUGAUAGCCUGAAGGGGACUUGCUGGCUUACCAUCCAAGACGGUCGCUGUGAAGUCAACAUCAAUGGUGCUACACUGAAAUCUGAAUGUUGUGCUACCUUAGGAGCAGCUUGGGGCAGCCCAUGUGAGCGGUGUGAAUUAGACCCAGCUUGCUCAAGAGGAUUUGCCAGAGUGAAGGGUGUUACCUGUGAAGAUGUAAAUGAGUGUGAUACUUUCCCCGGGGUUUGUCCCAAUGGUCGGUGCGUGAACAGCAUAGGCUCAUUUCGCUGCGAGUGCCUUGAGGGACUGACACUGGAUGGAACAGGGCGAGUGUGUUUAGAUCUUCGCAUGGAGCAAUGCUACCUGAAAUGGGAUGAAGAUGAGUGCUUUCAGUCUGUGUCUGGCAAGUUGCGUAUGGAUGCCUGCUGCUGUGCUGUGGGGGCUGCCUGGGGCUCCAACUGCGAGGAAUGUCCUAAGCCUGACACCAAGGAAUACGAGGCUCUGUGCCCUAGAGGUCCUGGCUUUUCCAACAGGGGAGAUAUUCUAACUGGCAGGCCAUUUUAUAAAGACAUCAAUGAAUGUAAAGUGUUUCCUGGUAUGUGCAUGAAUGGUAAAUGCAGAAACACAAUUGGAAGUUUCAAAUGUAGAUGUAACAGUGGGUUUACUUUAGACAUGGAAGAAAGAAACUGUACAGACAUUGAUGAGUGCCGGAUCUCCCCGGACUUAUGUGGAAGUGGUACUUGUGUCAACACUCCUGGUAGCUUUGAAUGUGAGUGCUUUGAUGGUUAUGAAAGUGGAUUUAUGAUGAUGAAGAACUGUAUGGAUAUUGAUGAAUGUGAACGCAACCCUCUGCUGUGUAGAGGUGGCACAUGUGUGAACACAGAAGGGAGUUUUCAGUGUGACUGUCCUUUGGGACAUGAGCUGUCACCAUCACGUGAGGAAUGCAUAGAUGUAAAUGAGUGCUCUUUAAGUGACAGUCUCUGCAGAAAUGGCAAGUGUGUGAACAUGGUUGGAACAUACCAGUGUUCCUGUAACUCCGGGUACCAGUCCACUCCUGACAGACAAGGCUGCGUAGAUAUUGAUGAAUGUAUGAUAAUGAAUGGAGGCUGUGACACCCACUGCACUAACUCAGAAGGCAGCUAUGAAUGUAGCUGCAGUGACGGCUAUGCUCUAAUGCCAGAUGUCAGGACAUGUGCAGAUAUCGAUGAAUGUGAAAACAAUCCAGAUAUCUGUGAUGGUGGGCAAUGUACUAAUAUUCCCGGGGAGUAUCGCUGUCUCUGUUAUGAUGGAUUUAUGGCUUCUGUGGACAUGAAGACUUGUAUUGAUGUGAAUGAAUGUGAUUUGAAUUCCAACAUCUGUAUGUAUGGGGAGUGUGAAAACACUAAAGGUUCCUUCAUUUGUCACUGUCAGCUAGGAUAUUCAGUCAAGAAAGGAACCACUGGAUGCACAGAUGUGGAUGAGUGUGAAAUUGUUGCUCACAACUGUGACAUGCAUGCCUCAUGCAUCAAUGUACCAGGAAGUUUUAAAUGUACUUGCAGAGAAGGAUGGGUUGGAAAUGGCAUUAAAUGUAUUGAUCUUGAUGAAUGUGCCAAUGGGACCCACCAGUGCAGCGUCAGCGCUCUGUGUGUGAACACCCCAGGGUCAUACCACUGUGCCUGUGCAGAGGGAUUCACUGGGGAUGGAUUUACUUGUUCUGAUGUUGAUGAAUGUGCAGAAAAUGUUAAUCUGUGUGAAAAUGGACAGUGUUUGAAUGUCCCUGGUGCCUACCGUUGUGAGUGUGAGAUGGGAUUCACUCCUGCCUCGGACAGCAAGUCAUGCCAAGAUAUCGAUGAAUGCUCCUUCCAGAACAUAUGUGUAUUUGGUACCUGUAAUAAUCUGCCAGGAAUGUUUCAUUGUAUCUGUGAUGAUGGCUAUGAACUAGAUCGAACCGGGGGAAACUGUACAGAUACCGAUGAAUGUGCCGAUCCCAUUAAUUGUGUUAAUGGUCUUUGUGUAAAUAGUCCUGGAAGAUAUGAAUGUAAUUGUCCUCCAGACUUCCAGCUGAAUCCUACUGGAGUGGGUUGUGUGGAUAACCGCAUUGGCAAUUGCUACCUGAAGUAUGGACCGCGCGGGGAUGGGAGCCUAUCCUGCAACAUUGAAAUUGGGGUUGGAGUCAGUCGUUCCUCGUGCUGCUGCUCUCUGGGAAAGGCUUGGGGAAACCCCUGUGAGACGUGUCCCCCUGUAAACAGCACGGAAUAUAAUACUCUCUGUCCAGGGGGAGAAGGAUUCAGACCAAAUCCCAUCACUAUUAUUUUAGAAGACAUUGAUGAAUGUCAGGAACUGCCAGGUCUCUGCCAAGGUGGAAAUUGCAUCAAUACUUUUGGCAGCUUCCAGUGUGAAUGUCCGAAAGGCUACUACCUCAGUGAAGAGACAAGAAUCUGUGAAGAUAUUGACGAGUGUGUUGCACAUCCUGGUGUCUGUGGUCCUGGCACCUGCUACAAUACCCUGGGGAACUACACCUGCAUUUGCCCACCUGAAUAUAUGCAGGUGAACGGAGGACGUAACUGCAUGGACAUGAGGAAAAGCUUUUGCUACAGAAGCUAUAAUGGAACCUCCUGUGAGAAUGAACUGCCCUUCAAUGUGACCAGAAGGUUGUGUUGCUGCACAUACAAUGUUGGGAAAGCCUGGAACAAACCUUGUGAACCGUGUCCAACUCCAGGAACAGGUGAAUUCAAGAGUAUAUGUGGGAAUAUUCCUGGCUUCACUUUUGACAUUCAUACUGGAAAAGCUGUUGACAUUGAUGAAUGUAAGGAAAUCCCAGGAAUCUGUGCAAAUGGUGUUUGCAUCAAUCAGAUUGGCAGCUUCCGCUGUGAGUGCCCCACUGGAUUCAGCUACAAUGACCUGCUCUUGGUCUGUGAAGAUAUUGAUGAGUGCAGCAAUGGAGACAAUCUCUGUCAGAGAAAUGCAGACUGUAUCAACAGUCCUGGUAGUUACCGCUGUGAAUGUGCUGCUGGUUUUAAACUUUCACCCAAUGGUGCCUGUGUUGAUCGCAAUGAAUGUCUGGAAAUUCCUAAUGUUUGCAGUCAUGGUUUAUGUGUGGACAUGCAAGGAAGUUACCAGUGCAUAUGUCACAAUGGUUUUAGGGCAUCCCAAGACCAGACUAUGUGCAUGGAUGUCGAUGAAUGUGAACGCCAUCCAUGUGGAAAUGGAACUUGUAAAAACACGGUUGGAUCAUAUAACUGCCUGUGUUAUCCAGGAUUUGAAUUAACUCAUAAUAAUGAUUGCAUCGAUAUUGAUGAAUGCAGCUCUUUCUUUGGUCAGGUGUGCAGAAAUGGACGGUGUUUCAAUGAAAUUGGUUCCUUCAAAUGUUUAUGUGAUGAAGGAUAUGAACUUCCUCUAGAUGGCAAGAAUUGCAUUGAUACUAACGAGUGUGUGGCACUACCUGGUUCAUGCUCUCCUGGAACCUGUCAAAAUCUGGAAGGAUCAUUCAGAUGCAUCUGUCCACCAGGCUAUGAAGUAAAAAGUGAAAGUUGUAUUGAUAUUAAUGAGUGUAACGAGGAUCCCAACAUCUGUCUCUUUGGUUCUUGUACAAACACUCCAGGGGGUUUCCAGUGCAUCUGUCCUACAGGUUUUGUGCUGUCUGAUAAUGGACGGAGAUGUUUUGAUACUCGGCAGAGCUUCUGUUUCACUAACUUUGAGAAUGGGAAAUGCUCGGUGCCAAAGGCUUUCAACACCACAAAGGCAAAGUGUUGCUGCAGUAAAAUGCCAGGAGAAGGAUGGGGUGAUCCUUGUGAGCUCUGUCCAAAGGAAGAAGAAGUUGCUUUUCAGGACCUGUGUCCAUAUGGUCAUGGAACUAUUCCUGGAAUUGAUGAUACACGUGAAGAUGUCAAUGAAUGCCUUGAAAGCCCCGGGAUUUGCUCAAAUGGUCACUGCAUCAAUACUGAUGGAUCAUUCCGCUGUGAGUGCCCCAUGGGAUACAACUUAGAUUACACUGGAGUACAUUGCAUCGAUACUGAUGAAUGUUCAAUUGGCAACCCAUGUGGAAACGGUACAUGCACUAACGUGAUCGGCAGUUUUGAGUGCAACUGUCGUGAAGGGUUUGAGCCAGGCCCAAUGAUGAACUGUGAAGAUAUAAAUGAGUGUGCUCAGAAUCCCUUGUUGUGUGCUUUUCGUUGUAUCAACACUUACGGUUUCUAUGAAUGCACAUGUCCAGUCGGCUAUGAACUAAGAGAAGACCAAAAGAUGUGUAAAGAUCUAGAUGAGUGUGCUGAAGGUCUCCAUGACUGCAAAUCAAGAGGCAUGAUGUGCAAAAAUUUGAUUGGUACCUUCAUGUGCAUUUGUCCUCCUGGAAUGACCCGGAGACCUGAUGGAGAAAGCUGCACAG